AUGGCACUAGUAGAUGCUGAUUACAACUUUUUGUGGAUAGACGUGGGGGGAGAUGGCUACAUGUCAGAUGCCAUGAUCUACAACGACUUCGAACUGAAAGAAUGCCUCUGUGACGGUUCCAUAGGUUUUCCAGUUCCUGCACCUCUGCCAUACGACAACCGGGAUAUGCCAUACUUCCUCCUUGGCGACGAUGCCUUUGGUCUCCGGACUUACAUGAUGAAGCUCUACGCAGCGCGCAACCUGACGAAGGAACAGCGAAUCUACAACUACCGCAUCUCCCGAGGCCGAAGAAUAGUCGAAAAUGCCUUUGGCAUUCUGGCACAGCGUUGGCAGGUUCUACUAGGGACUAUGCAACAGCAGCCUGAGACAGCAAGGCUCAUUGUGGAGGCUUGUGUUUGCCUCCACAACUUGAUGAGAAUGCGCUACCCGACCCUACAGAACGGAGCUCUCGACCACGAAGACGUCAACCACGAAGUUGUCCUAGGUUCGUGGAGGAACAACGCGAAUAUGCACGACGUGGACCGGGCUAAAGGCGCAAAGACAGCACUGCUGCGAAAAAGCAACGUGAAUAUUUAA